UACAGCAAUGGCUUCGGUUAUUGAGAAAUGUCAAGUUGCUCCACCUACGGGCAGUAGAGGUGAGCUGACACUCCCUCUUACAUACUUUGAUAUUUUGUGGUUAGGUUUCCACCCUAUACGGCGGAUUCUGUUCUAUAAGCUCCCCAUUUCCAAAAAUAGUUUCGUCCAAACAAUUAUUCCUAGUCUCAAAAAUUCACUUUCCCUCGCUCUCAAACACUAUUUACCUCUAGCUGGCAACGUUGUUCGUCCACAUAAUUCGAGCGGUUAUCCUGAAUUGCGUUAUGUGACAGGAGAUUCUGUAUCUGUUACCUUUUCUGAGACUGAUAUGAAUUUUGAUUAUCUCGUUGGUAACCAUCCCCGUAUUGCAAAGGAUUUUUAUCCUUUUGUUCCUCAAUUGGCGGAACCUAAGGAUGCACCCGGGGUCCAACUAGCCCCGGUCUUAGCCAUUCAAGUGACACUUUUUCCGCAUCAUGGCAUAUCCAUUUGUUUCAUUAACCAUCACGUCGCAGGUGAUGGCGCUAGCAUAGUGGCGUUCAUAAGGGCAUGGGCUUCACUCAACAAAUUCGGCGGUGAUGAUCAACAAUUUUUAGCAAAUGAGUUCAUUCCGUUUUAUGAUAGGCCCGUCGUCAAAGACCCUCAUGGACUAGGGGAUUUGAUAUGGGGUGAAAAGAAGAAACAUAAGUUAGAGAUGCGUGACAUAAUAAUUGUGACUCCUCCUGAUAGCUUAGUUCGAGGUACUUUUAUUAUAAGACGAGAUGACAUCCAGAAGCUCAAGAAUUUAAUAUUAUCAAAACGACCAAGCCUAGCUCAUGUAACAUCUUUCACCGUAACAUGCUGUUAUGUAUGGACUUGUUUGAUAAAAUCAGAGGACGUGAUUGGAGAAAAAAUUAUAGAUGAGAAUGUAAUGGAGUUCUUCGGAUGUGCAGUUGAUUGUAGAGCGCGAUACGAUCCACCACUUCCUUCAUCUUACUUCGGCAAUUGCAUCAUGGGGUACAUGGCAAAAAUAAGACAUGCUGAUUUAGUUGGAAAUGAAGGCUUUACAAUUGCUGUGGAAUCAAUUGGAGAAACUAUUUAUAAAAGGAACAAGGAUAAGGAAUACAUGUUGACUGGUGAGUGGUUGAAAGAAGUUGUGGCCGCGGAUAAGCAUCGGUUGCUCUCAAUUGCUGGAUCUCCAAAGUUUGACUUAUAUACUGCUGAUUUUGGUUGGGGAAGGCCCGAAAAAUCGGAAUUCAUUUCUCUUGAUAGUGAUGAUGGUUUAUCGAUGUCCCUCGGUAAGUCCAAGGACUCGAAUGGAGAUUUAGAAAUUGGAUUGUCUUUGCCCAAAAUGUUUAUCCCGAAUUCGGAUAAUCAAUUAAAUUUGUGA